GUAGCGUAAAUGCGGCGCGUGUUUUCGGAGAACAAUACUUACGGUUAUCUGUUAGACCAAAGAUCCCUAACAGAUCAAAAACAGAACAAAUAGUAAACUAGUGAUAAAUUGCAAGUUUAUGAUAUAUAUUGUUACUUUCUUUUGUUACUUUUUGUUUUAAAGAACACGUUAUCAAUUGUCACAACGAUAAAUAAAAAUGUUACAAAGCGUUCUGAAGUCAAAGUUCGGCUAUGACGACUUUAAAAAUAACAUUCAGAGGGAAGCCACAACAGCUAUUUAUAAAGGAAAACAAGAUGUGUUUGUGUGCAUGCCAACUGGUUCUGGAAAGUCUCUCUGUUUUCAAUUACCAGCAAUAAUGAAAGAGCAAAAAGUUACAAUUGUCUUCUCACCGCUUUUAGCUCUAAUGAAGAAUCAGAUAGAUUUUUUAGUCAGCAAAAAGAUAAAUGCUUGUUCCUUGAAUUCUACUACAUCAAGCAAAGAGAGGAAUGUAAUCAUGACAGAUCUUAUGUCAGAUUCACCUAAACUCAGAUUGUUAUAUGUCACUCCUGAAAUGGGAGCGCAACAGCAUUUUCAGGACACAAUAAAUCAAAUGCAGAAAAAAAAGACACUCUCUUACUUUGUUAUUGACGAAGCUCAUUGUUUAAGUGAAUGGGGUCACGAUUUUAGGCCAACUUAUAGAAAAUUAGGAAUAUUCAAAAAAUUGUGCCCUAAAAUACCUGUGAUUGCAUUAACAGCCACUGCUCCAAAACAGGUUAAAGAUGAUAUUCUUCAGAAUUUGCAUAUGAAAGAUCCUUUAAUAUUUUCUCAACCAGUAUUUCGUCCCAAUUUAUAUUACGACGUGUGGUUCUUAGAAACAUUAGAUAAACCAUAUAUACAUCUAAAAAAUUUUAUUUUGAAUGUACUUGGUCCCGUGGAUAAUUCUAUUCCAGAGCACAAAAGAAAUUGUGGUAUCAUUUAUUGUAGAAAAAAAGAAGCAACUGAAAUUGUUGCGCAUGAAUUGACUCUUGCUGGUAUUACCACACUUGCGUAUCAUGGAAGUUUGAAGACUCAGGAACGCAAUGAAGUACAAAAUAAGUGGACAGUAGGUCAAGUACCUGUCAUUGCAGCAACAUGUAGUUUUGGAAUGGGUGUUGAUAAGGGAUCUGUCAGAUUUGUAGUUCAUUGGACAGUACCUCAGAAUAUCGCAGCAUAUUAUCAAGAAUCAGGAAGAGCUGGUAGAGACGGCAAUCCAGCAUUUUGUAGAGUAUAUUUCAGCAACGAAGAAUAUAGACCAAUUUCAUUUCUUAUCAAGGAAGAAAUUACGCAAAAGAGUUCAGAGCUAGUGAAAAUUAAAUGGCAGAAUUUUGAAAAAAGUGUCGCCUAUUGUUUGGAAGCAAAAUGUCGGCACGCAGUUUUUUCUAAAUACUUUGGCGAUUCUCCUCCAUUAUGCAAAGAUAAAUGCGAUGUUUGUAAAAAUAAAGAAGAAGUACAGUCAAGAAUAACUCAGUUUGAAUUAUGUCAGACGAAAUCUCAAAAACCCCGACGUAACUUGGGCACUGUGAUGCGAACAAACUGUGACGAUGACGCUGACGAAAUUUACUCAAAGAAUGAUGGAUAUGAUGAAUCGUAUGAUGGAUCUGACGAUUCGAGAGAAAAAAUUAUUGCGGCUGAAAAACGAGAAAGAAAAGAACUUAUUAUGGAACAAUUUGCACUUCGCCGUGGUGGAUCUAAAGAAGAUGAAAUAAGGCGACAAAAUAUCAAGUUUGCGAAAGUAGCGCACGUCCGUGCAGCCAGUAGCACAGAUAAGAAAAUAAAAGGUUUAACUGUUCAAGUGCGGGAACAUUUUUACAAUGAAUUAAAAACGGUGUUAACUGAAAAUUUCCGAUAUUUAUCUUCGGAAGUUAACAAGCUCCAGGAAAAGGAUAUGUGCGACAUAGCCAAUAAUUUAGAAUACAAAAUAUUCUGCAGUACUAAAGUGCCAAAUAAGUACAAAUUUGAUAUGUCAAAAUUGAUAUCGUCAAUACGAAAAUGUACUGAUAAUGCUACUAUAUACGAAGCAAUACAUGAUUAUAAUGAAACUUAUAAUACAAAACUUAACGAUUUCACCAUUGAUACAUCUAAUUGUGAACAAGAACUGGAUACAGCUACAGCAGGAUUUAGCGGAAACGAAUCAAACAAUUGUAAUAAAAUGAAUUUUCCUUCCAUUUUCAAAUCUGCUUUAGAUAUUAAAAAUGAAGAAAGAUUACAAGUACAUACAUCUACAUCUGAUAAAAAUAAAAAAGUUGAGUUUAACAAAGUAUCUAUUAAAAAUGGCAAACUAGAUCGAACACAAAAUGAAACAUCUGUUAUUGAUGAUUCUAAUAAUACGAAACAAACUAUAUAUAAAAGUAAUGUAGAUACAACACAAUCAGAAGUGUCAAGUGGCUUUGUUUGUGCGCAAAAACUUCAUGAAAAUAGUUCACAGUCAUCCAAAUCUAGCUCCAAGUCAAAAGAUCGCAGAAUCAAGACGGAUAAAAGCGUAAAGAAAGCAAAUAAGUCAGUUUAUGAACAAAUUAUAGCAUCAGCGCGGAUGAAACAAAGCACAAAUAAAACAUCAGAUAUGUCUCUCGAAUAUAUUCGAAAAACAGACUCGAAAUUUGAAAAUGUUAUUGAUCUUGUUAAACAUAAAGAUGAAAUAAAAGACGAAAGUACAACUAAGUCUGGAACAUUUGUAGAAUGUAAAAACAAUUACAUUUCAAUAGGAACAGAUUCAAAAGCUAGUAAUAACAUUCUUGAUUCUAUUAAAGAUGUCAAGAAAACCGAGAGAAAAAGUAGAAAUAAGAGAGAUCGGGAAUCUAUUGAAUUUGAUAAAGGCGACAUAAAACAGUUUGAGAAAAAAAGAACGAUAUAUAGCGAGCACAAUAAAACUGAACAUUAUAUUUCCGAUACAAGUAUCGACAGAAAUAAGAAGAGCGACAUCAGCAUUAGCGGGAAUAACGUAAUCGAAAUUACUAAUAGUAAUGAUAUAAAUGAUAUAAAUAAACAUUCAUUAAUAACAAAACAGAACGAACUAAGGAAGCAUCAUGCAAUAAAAACUUCAGUAGAAUCAAAAAAAGAAAUAAGAAAUGCUCAUCAUUUAUCUCACUCGAAUCAUCAGGAGAAAAAUAAAAGUAACAAAUUACGAGUACCUGCGGAUAAAGCUACACAGUUUAAAACAGCUGAAAUUUUGAAAUCAUACUUAAUGAAAUAUUAUCCGUCAGAACGUCUUCCGGACAAGGCGACAUUCUCAAAAACUUGCAGAGAAAUGCACUACAUUAUGCUAAGAAAAAAAAUAUUUGAUAAAGAACAAAUAUAUGAUUUUGUUGUAAAAUAUAUGAAUCAAUCUUGAAGAAGUUUGUUUUUUUUUAUGUUCAACAUACUUUUUUGUGGUUUUAUUGAGUGCGCGACAGCAGAAAAUCGAGUUUAUAAUUAUUGAAUAUGUAAUUGUAUAAAUAAACUUGUAAGGUAUCUAAAGUUCUAUAA